AUGCCUUCCGGAAUCAUGUCACUCAUGAACAAUACCUCCAAGAAAAUCUCGUACCACAACAAGGAAUCGGGCCGCAAAUUCGAGGUCAAUCCCCAGACCGUCGACUGGGGUGUCGACGGACAGUACGUGAUUCCCAUCUCCGACACUCAAGACGACACCUUGCCCUGGUACUCUGACCAGAACUUCGGCGCCCAUAACAUCGAGAUCUGGAUUGGAGAAAAGAUUCGGUUCUUCCUCUGCGAGUACCAGGCUCACUUCUACUACGUCUAUGACACGGACGGCACUCAGACGGGAAAGAAGAUUGCACCCCUAGCCAAUGGUGGGCAAUACAUUCUGAGAUUCGAUCCGGUUGAUACGCCGUAUGACCAUGCGGAGCCAUCCCUCACCAUCUAUCAUUACAAGGAUACGGCAAAGUCGUCAACUGGUCUCAUUUAUAAUACAAUCAUCACUGAGCUCUCGACACAUGCUGUCAACAUUCUCUUAUCUAUCGGACCAAUUGCCUAG